UGAGAGACUACAAGGACAAAGUGGUAAUUUCACAAGUGUUCGGCAAAACAGUCAAGCAAAUCUCUGCAGACAGACAACAUUGUCCUUUUUGAUAUCUUCCUUUUCAUCUUUCAAGACAAACAUACUUCUUCCCCCCACCCCCCGCCACUAUAUAUAUAACCCCUCUCUCAUUAUCUCUUUCUCUCACUAAAUCAUUACACCAACACUUUCUCUCUCUUCACAAUUCUCUCCAAUGGCACAGUUUCUUACUCUCUCUCUAAUCUUCGUCUUGUUCUCCAUGGUUUCAAGUUUCGGUUCCGUCGUCGUGUCUCAGUCUCUGCCGCCGCCGCUCGACCCGGCGGAGCAGGAGUCCGUCUACCGGAUUCUCGAGUCCGUUAACUCCGAUAUCCAGUGGCGGUCCCUCUUCCCCGACGACCUCUGCUCCUCCGCCCCUCACGGCGUCGUCUGCGACUACUUCUCCGAUUCCGACGCGGCGGCGUCGGACUCCUCCGCCGCCACCCCACACGUGACGGAGCUCAGCUUCGGGUACGUCUCCGACUACUCACCCAACCCGCCUUGCGAUUCGAACUCAACGCUCGACCCGCUUCUACUCGCGCCGCUCUCCCACCUAAAGAAGCUCUUCUUCUACAAAUGCUUCACCCAGACUGAAACCCCGUUUCCCGAUUUCUCGCCGUUAUCGUCGCCGUCGACGACCCAGAACAACCGCUCUUCUUCUUCUUCUUCCUUGGAAGAACUGGUUUUCAUCGAAAACCCAGCUCUAGUCGGUUCUCUGGACGGAAAAAUCAGCAACCUCAGAAGACUCCGGCGGCUGGUUCUGACCGGAAGCGGUGUUUCCGGCAACUUCUCAGAUGGGUUCGCUGGCUUCGCAAAUCUAGAGCAGCUGACACUCUCAAGAAACAAAUUCCAGGGAGAGAUUCCCACGUCCGCUUUUCAAACCCUGAACAAACUGAAGGUUCUCGAUCUGAGCGAAAACGGGUUCCGGGGGAAUAUUCCGGCGUCCAUCGGAAACCUGACGGAGCUGCUGAAGAUCGACCUGAGCUCCAACGAAUUCUCCGGCAGAAUACCAGAAAUCCUGAAAGGUUUGCAUAAUCUCGAGUUUCUGGAUUUGAGUUACAACCGUUUCGGCAAUUACGGGCUGCCGUUGUUCUUGCCGGAGAUGACCGGUUUAAGGGAGGUGUAUUUGAGUGGGAACUUACUCGGAGGGCAGAUCCCGGAAAUAUGGGGGAACAUGAGGGGCAUAAAGGGAAUUGGCCUUUCCGGCGUGGGACUUGUUGGUAAUAUUCCGAAAUCAAUGGGGGCAAAUUUGAGAAACAUUUGCUACUUAGGGCUUGACAACAAUAUGCUAGAAGGUUCCGUGCCGGAUGAAUUUGGGGAUUUGGAGAUGGUGAGUGAGUUGAAUUUGGGGAGGAAUAAUUUGAGCGGUAGGGUUCCAUUUUCUGCAGGGUUUGUGGCAAAGUUGGGGAAUAAGUUGAAGUUGGAGGGCAAUUCGGACCUUUGCAUUGACGAGGGUUUGAAGCUGUCUGCAAAAGUCAGUGUUAGUAGUAGUAGUAGCCUGGGAGAGCUGAAAGUGUGCAGACAAACAUAUAUUCACGAAACUGCCAUUGUCAAUUCUUCUCCUCCCCAGUUUUUACCUUCUUUGUCAUUUAUUUUUUUGCUGUUUUUGUGUUUUGUAUGAGAGCUUUUUGACUGGAGAAAAUAUAUAAUUAAUACCUUUGAGAUGUACAAAUUAAAAAAACCCGGAGAGGGCUUUUAUGUAAUUAGAGCCUUUUUGAUUUAAUU